GGCGUCAUGUGUUCAGUUGAGGGUUGUUAUGUCAAAAUCAAAAGUUUGUCUAAUUUAAAGUACAAAAUUAUUUGUUUUUUACGAAGAGAUUUAAAAAUUUCAUAAGUGUUUUUGUAAAAAUGCUGAAUGAUUACGAGUUGUUUGUGCAAAUAUGUAAAAAACGGGGAGUUUUGGCGCCACUUGAAGUUUCAGAGGCUAUCAAACUUGGCAGUUCUACGGGAGAAUUAAAAUUAUCUUGCCUUUCGAUAAUAAUACCAAUAUGUGAAGUUUUGAGUCAAAUGUUAGUGUCCAGUUCAUUGAUAAAACACGUUGAUCUUAGUGAUUGUAUGCUACUACCAAAAGGAUUGAAUACUAUUCUCAAUGCACUUUGCGAUGGUUCCAGUGUAACAAAUUUAAAUCUAAAAGGCAACAGUAUUAGCGGUCCCAUUGCUCAACAAUUGGGUCAAGUUUUUCUCUGUAAUAACACUCUAAAAAGUUUACAUCUCGAAUGGAAUAGUUUAGGUUCUGAUGUCGAAUCAUUCACUAUUUUAUGCGAUGGUCUCUCAAAGAAUCAUAAUAUUGAAGAAAUUGAUUUGAAAUAUAAUCAAAUUUCUCCACAUUGCGCGGAGGCUCUAUUAAAAGUAUUAAAAUACAAUAAAUCAUUGAAAUCACUUGAUUUAGCGUGGAAUACACUUGGCCUCGAUGGUGGACGAACCAUUUUAAAUGGGAUGCAAGAAAACAAAACAAUAAUUAGCCUCAAUCUUCGAGGAAAUUGUUUACCCGACGAUCUUAUGGAAUCCAUUGAGCAAUGCACUUUUGAGAAUAAACGACGACAAGCAAUUUCCAAGACAAACAUUGAGAUAGCAAAAAAUUAUGCCUUGAAGGAAAAUGUCUGUCCAAUUUCCUUGAGUGACAACAACAACAAAGUAAUUAAUAAAACAAAAACCUUAAAAAAAAGAAUACGAAAGAGAGACAGAGAGAAAAUUCUACUUCCUGUAUCCGAAGACAACGAGAAUGGAUUCAUAUCCUUGAGUGAUUCAGAUUCUGAUUAUUCUCGUUUGAAAACUUUAGUAACCACCAAGGCAGGAGAAACAAAUUCUAAAUCAACGAUUUUGGUCGACGACAAAAAUUCCAAUUGUAAAAUUAAGGAACUCAAUCAAAUUCUCCAUGAGAGAACAUCUGCGAUAGAUCUUUUAACGAAUGAAAUUAAAUCAAAACAGUCGGAAUUAAUUGAUUCCAAGUCACAGAUCAAUAAAUUGGAGAGGGAAAUUGAAAGACUGAAAAAUGAAAAGGAGAAUUUAACUUUGGAAAAGGCAAAAGAGAUCGAUGAACUACAAAAAAAUCAUAUGGAAGAGAAAGAGAUUUUGGAAAAAAGUAAAAAAGAUCUAGAAGACUCUUUCGCUAAAACUGUUGCAUUAAAAAAAGAUAUUGACUCAAAAGUUCGUAGAUACGAAAAAGAUAUUCACAAGAGUUCCGUAGAAAUUCUUGCCUUGAAGGAAAAACUCUUGUCCUCUACUCGAGCCUACGAAGAUCUCAUUUCCACAGGUAAAACAGAAAUCCACCGACUACGACGUGAACUCUAUGAACGCGAUAGUAGACAUAAAAUAGAAUUGAAUAUUCUAAAAAAAUCUUUAAAAGAUUCAACAGAUGCUCUCGAACAAUGUCAAAAUCAAUUACAAAAAAUAAGAAACGAAUUAAGAGAUUCUUUAGAAAGUCAAUCGAAUUUAAAAGCAAAACUCAAAGAAUUAGAACAUAUUUCUUUAAAAUCAGCGAGAAUUGAGGAUUCAUUAUUAAAAGUAAAAGAAGAAAAGGAAUUAUUUGAAGAUAAAUAUAAUGAUGCACAAAGAACAAUUGCAACACUUCAACGGCAAAAUGCAAGUCUUGAAGCCGAAUUAGUUGAACCACAAAGGCGUUAUAAUCUUUUACAUGAAGAAUUUGAUCAGGAAAAAAAGAAAGCCGAAAGAUUUAAAGAUGAAUUAAUAGAGGAACGAUCUAGAUUAAGGGAGCAAAGUAUUCAAUUACAAAAAAUGACGUUGCAAAUUACAACGUUAAAUACACAAAUCAAUGAAAUUCAGACAAGUCAUGCCGAAGAGCUUCGAGAAAAGGAGAAAGAAAGGAAGCAACUCAAAGAAAUUAUUGCUCACAAGGAACGUGAUCUAAACGAUUUAAAAGCGGAGGAAGUUCAAAGAGCUGGUCAUCUUUACGCAGCUUUCAGUAAAUAUAUUACUUCAAUGGGACCAAGUGCUCCAUCGUGACACUAACAUAAUAUAAAAAUUCGAAAAAAAAUAUUAAACUGAACUUUCAAAUAUAAUAAAGUUUUGUAAAAUAGAAGUUAUAGUUGUGUUAAUUUCAAAAAUUAAUGCAUUUAUUAAUAAAUUGAUAUUUUUUUUCGACGCUUCAGUAAAAAAAAAUAUUUUUUUGUAAACAUUCAGAAUGUUUUUUUUUCAAUAAUAAUUUAAAUGAUUAGA